GAUGCUCUGGAUCCGCAUCCGGCCGCUCUCGCGCCCCAUCAAUCUCCGACUAUAUAAAUUGAAUCACUUUCGGCUUCUUCUAGACUUCCUAAUACCGCCUAAUCAUAGCAGAUUCAAGUCGGGAACACUACAAAUUAAUAAUUCACCAUGCUUACUCUGACCGUUCCUGAAAACUACGGCUCUGUCAUUGCCGUCGCUCUGGGCGCCAUCCCCGUCCUGAGCUUCGUCCAUGGCGCCGUCGUGUCUCGUCUCCGUAAGAACGCCGAUUGCCCCUACCCUCACUGCUAUGCGACCGUAGAGCAGUGCAAGACCAACCCCAAGGCUGAGCAAUUCAACUGCGCUCAGCGCGCUCAUGCCAACUUCCUUGAGAACUCCAGCCAAACUAUGCUCUUCAUCCUGGUGGCUGGAUUGAAGUACCCCCAGUUGGCAACUGGCCUUGGAAGCAUUUGGGUUCUCGGUCGCUCACUGUUCCUUUACGGAUACGUGUACUCCGGCAAGCCGCGGGGUCGCGGUCGGUUGUACGGCAGCUUCUACUUGCUUGCACAGGGAGCUCUUUGGGGAUUGACCUCUUUUGGAGUCGCGAGGGAGUUGAUUUCCUACUUCUAA